UGACAGCAGAGAGUAUACAAAGAAGUUCACAGUUGGUGGAAGAAUGAGAACUGAGAUUGUAUUGAUAUAUCUCUGUUCAAUGUCUCCACCAUCUCCCAGUUAAGAUUCCCUCCCCAACAUGGCUGUCUCACAAUCUACCUCGAAUCACAACCUCAACAAGCUAGCGGGCAAGAUAGCCAUCGUCACCGGAGGCGCAAGUGGCAUUGGUGAAGCGACGGCCCGUCACUUUGCCGAUCACGGUGCCCGUAUGGUGGUGAUCGCUGACAUCCAAGAUGAGCUUGGCAACCAGGUGGCACUGUCCAUCGGAACCGACAGGUGCACUUACAUCCACUGUAACGUUGCAGACGAGGAUCAAGUCAAACACCUCGUGGAAUCUACCGUCAACAUUUAUGGACGCCUCGACAUCAUGUUCAGCAACGCCGGUGUAGCGAGCCCCUCCGACCAGACCAUCCUCGACUUCAACUUCUCCGAAAUGGACAAUUUAUUUGCAACCAACAUCCGCGGGAUGGUGGCGUGCGUGAAGCACGCGGCUCGUGCGAUGGUGAAGAAGCGCGUGAGGGGGAGCAUAGUGUGCACGUCAAGCGUGACGGGCAGCCACGGCGUUCCGAUGGGGACAGACUACUGCAUGUCGAAGCAUGCUGUGGUGGGGCUAAUGCGGGCAGCGAGUGUGCAGCUGGCGGCGAGUGGGAUAAGGGUGAACAGCGUGUCACCCAAUGGAAUUGUGACACCAUUGACGACCAGGGCACGUAAAAUGAGCGACGAGAAUUUGAGAAACUGUUACAGAAAAUACGCGAGGUUAGAGGGUGUGGACCUCACUCCCAAACACGUGGCGGAUGCGGUGCUGUUUCUAGCUUCCGGCGACUCGGAGUUCAUCACCGGUCAUGAUCUCAGGGUAGAUGGAAGUUUUAUUGGUUCUUGAAAUGCGAAGUGCUAGCUCUUUUUCUUGUUUGAAUGCAUUUUUUUCAGUUCAGAACUUUCUUAUUUUAAGAGUCGUCGUGUGUGUUUUAAAAAUUGCCUUUGUUUGCUUCAUUAUCUCCUGUUCGUGUAUUUCAUAUAAUGCGCCAAAUUACUGUGUUUUGAGUUAUAAUAGCUAGGCCUAAUCGUGUUCUGGUUU